CCGCAUAAAAUCGUUACUUUGUCGUUUACCAGGACGUGGUCCGCUUCUGGUUCUAGGUUUUCCGAACGAUGAGACCCGACGAGGGCAAGAUUUUUGUUUUCCCUCUCAGAAGAUAAGCGGGACCAAGCAAGGGCGAUAGCAAGAGGUAGGAAAAUGGAGGAAAGCUUUGAAGUUCGCGUCAAGCGUUUGUUCGGAUCCCAGCUCUUCGAAGCUGUUCCCCAGAGCUCUUUUCCGGCGUCUUCGUGGUCGGUGGCGGACGGCGAGGUUGAGCGGAAGGAGUGGAACCGGGAGCGCGGCGCUGGCCCCGACAGAUCGGAUGAUCCGUGUUCCUCUGCCUUCGCUGAAGGUGGAUGUUAUGCGAAAAAGCGUAGCGCCCGGAGGGGUUUCGAACUGCGUAUGGACGCGCUCGAUGAUGAUGCUGAGGAGGAGGGCAGAGGGGAGGUGGAAGAGGAGGAGGAGAAUGACCAAGGGGACGAUCGUGAUGCUGAGGUGUUGGAGAUGAGAUCUUUCGUCGGGCUCGAUCCAACCCUAGACAAGGAGGAUGAAGAGGAUGAAUUUGAUAGAGCUGCUCUGGGCGAAGAUGAUACUGGUGAACGAUUAUACAUGAGGGACGUAAAAAAUCACGGGCCUCACUUAAAUUAUCACAGUAUAUUUGCAGAUGUGGAAGAGGAGUCAUAUACUGGAUCCCGCCGUUUCUACAAGGAUCCCCGUGCUGAUCAUUGUGCUGCAGGUAUUCGGCUUGAAGAGGAUAAGAAAGCAGCUGAAAUUUUUUCUGUUCCAGAUCAUAGCAAAGAUGAGCACCCUUCAACCUCUGGUUUGGUAGAUUUCACUGUGGAGGACAUCAAGUUGAAGCCUAUUCUGAAGAGAAAAACGGCGCAAGAAGAUUUAAAGCCAAAGAAACGAGUUAGAUUUGACCCCGGUUGCAAGCCUGAUAAUAAUGAGAUACUGAGGGAAGCUCAGGAUUCUGCCAUGUUCUCGCAUGUCAUGGAGGCCCCUACAGUUGCUGAUCCAACCCCUGUAAUUUUAGAAGAAUCUCCAGGGCUUCCUGAUUAUAUGAGGAAUCCUUCUAAGUAUACCCAUUACACCUUUGACUCUUAUGAUGAUGACGAUUUGGCAAAUAUAAGUGCAUUUGAAGAUUUUCACAAUUCAUACAAGAAAUUGAAUCCCGAACAACCCUAUCAACAGGUCAUCAUGGAGCUUCCGAAGUCCAUUACAUUCAACCCUCGUAGGAAAUCAAUUGAUGACAUGCCAGUUGAUAAUGAAUUGGGAGAUGUUCAAGAAAGCCACAUUAGAGAAGAAUUUCUUGAAAGUGAUUUAUGGGUGACCCGAUCUGUUGGAAUUGCAGCAGGUGAAUCUUAUGAAUCUGGUAUUUGUAAGAUGGAUGAAGACGAUUUAGAGACACCCAUUUCAGGCGAAAGAGUAGAACUUCCAAGGAGUGCGCGGAAGUAUCGUUCUAGAGCAACCUCUGAUGAUUAAAAUUGUUGGUAUGUUUGUCGUUCUUAGCUUCUCUAAAGCACUUAACGACUUGAACUCUUUAUCUAUUGAGAUGUGAAGUAAUGAAUGAAAUUCUUAUAUGCUCUGUAGCUGUAACCACUUGGAAACUCAUUUCUGUAUUUUUCCAUUAAAGCUCUAUUAGAGGGUCAGAUUUAUGUUUUCUUUUU